CGAGUCGCACCGAGCGUUAUCGCGCGCCGUGAAGAGAAAAGGACGACGCUGGUGGAGCGGAGACCACGGCUUCGGGCUCAGCGCGCGGUCAGUUAUAGUUGACCUGUUCAUUGCUCGCUGUCGACCGUAGAUCGAAGUUUCGAGCGUUUGAUCAGCGCAAGGCGGCACCGGGGGAGAACGAAACGCGCCUCGAAUGAAAUAUUCGUGGACUAGGCGCGGGCCGCGAACUUGUUGACCUUGUUUCACAGUUUUGAAAGUAUCUGUUAAAUUUCUGCCUGUUAAGUCUAUCAAGUGACUUGUAGUUUUUUCUCGUUGAGCCGAUUGGAAUUUUGCAGCAUUAAUUUGUAAGAGAGAUUUUACGAGGGAGUCGAAGGAAAGGCAUUGUGAUUCUCGGAGGGCCGUCGCACGCGCGCUGGCAUUUCAGGAAGAGUGGCGAGGAUACGCGAGGCGCGAAGUGGACGAUACAGAGGCACGAUGUUCAAGUGCUGCGUGUGUAACAGCGCGUCGAAGAAGGCGAGCCUCGAGAACGCGGAUGACACGCCGAUCGGCUCGCCGGUCGACUCGAGGCUCUCCGCCCAAGAGGACGACGAGAUUAAAUCCACGGCGACAGUGGACAAGUGGAACGGCAAUGUGCAGAAGUCGGAGAAGACGUCCUUGCUGGAGGAUGCCUCGGUAGAAGAUAAGGAUGCCUUGUUAGAGGAUAAGAAUGUCUCGCUGGAGGCCGAGGAUGUCUCGCUAGAGGAUAAGAACGUCUCGUUGAGGGACAAAGAUGCUUCCAUAGAGGAUAAGGAUGCCGUGUUAGAGGAUAAGAACGUCUCGUUAAAGGAUAAAGAUGCUUCCCUUGAGGAAAAGGGUGCCUCGUUAGAGGAUGAUGUCUCGCUGGAGGAUAAUGAUGCCUUGUUGGAGGAUAAGGAAACCUCGCUAGAGGCUAAGGAUGCCUCGUUGGAGGAUAGGGAUGCCUCGCUGGAGGACAAAGAUGCCUCGCUGGAGGACAAAGAUGUCUCGCGAGAUUUCACCCUGGUACGCACCAAUUCCGCGACGAGAAGCCCGUACUGUGGAACUCCGCAGAACGGAAGCGCUGACGUUGAGGAGAGCUCGAGUUCGACCUCGACGAAGGACACGGUUGAAGAAGCCGGCGAAGAAACCGGCGACCGAAUCGUCCGUAAGGACGACAGCAAUCUCGACGGCGUCGCCGAAGACGGAGGGGAUUGGACGGAGGAGAUUGACCCUGUUGUCGUUGGUCCCGUCAAAACGAAUCUCUACGACGCAUCGGGAUAUAUAGAAAGGACGAUCGAUGACGGGCCGGAGGACGAGGGCGACGACUCGGUAUUCGAGGGCGAAAACGAUAUCAAGAAGGCGCCACCAGUUGCCACCUCGAUCCCGCGCUGGCUGUCGGAGGAAGACGACGGCGAGUAUGUCUCGGGUGGAUGCAGCGGCAUGCAGGAACCGCCGGCGACGCCCGUCGCCCGCGACGAGUUAGCUUUAAGGCGGCACAGAUUCUUCUCCGAUCUGUUGCAAGCCGCGCAGAACUCGACGGAGCACCGAGUGAGAUUCGACCCGCUAGGACCGAUGGUGCACACCGGUUGCGAGACUACUGAUAAAGAAGAGCACCUGGAAGAGCUGGUGAACCGAUUGGAAAACGUAACGAGACGACUCGAGAACGUGCACUUUGUAGUUAAGACACAAGACACCGCUGUACAAACGAGCACACCUUCCCCGAAGAGGUCUGCGUCGUCAGGAAGUAAUUUGUCUCCAUCGCCGAAGCAGGAAACCGUUCCGGAUCCACUUACAAACAUGUCGCUCGCCGGAUACCAGGAUUUUCUAGCUGGGCCAGUCAAAGAGUAUCUACAAUUAAGUCAAAAGAUCGGCGGCGAUGUAGCCGCUCACAGUCAGCUUGUGGAGAAGGCUUUUCAGAUUCAGCUUCAGUUUGUACAAAUGGCGGCGAGCCGUUCCGCACCGACGAAUCAGUCCGAACAAGUAUCUUUAUUUGCGCCUAUGUCCAUGCAGAUACAACAGAUUCAAGAGUUUCGCGAGAAGAAUCGCGGAUCUCCGUUCUUUAAUCACCUGUCGGCAAUUAGUGAAAGUAUCCCAGCCUUGGGAUGGGUCGCCGUGUCCCCUACGCCAGCUCCCUACGUAAAGGAAAUGAAUGACGCCGGUCAAUUUUACACCAAUCGCGUAUUGAAAGAUUGGAAAGAAAAAAACAAAAUACACAUAGACUGGUGUAAAGCGUGGGUGCAAACAUUGACCGACUUGCAACAGUACGUUCGUCAGCAUCAUACGACGGGUUUAGUGUGGGGAAAGGGUGGCUCACUUGCGGGUGUACCGCCCCCACCGCCACCCUCGAUGCCGAUUGGUGAUAUCCCACUUAUGGUGAAUGAUGAUAGAAGCGCCCUUUUUGCUCAGAUUAAUCGAGGAGAAGAUAUCACGAAAAGUUUAAAAAAAGUCACCUCAGAUAUGCAAACGCAUAAAAAUCCCGCCUUGAGAUCCGGGCCCGCACCGUUUAAGGCACCGAACGUCAACGCGCUACCGAUGAAAAAUGUGUUGUCGGCGAGCGCGCCUAUUGACAAGCCGCCCGUGUUUACUAGAGAUGGCAAAAAAUGGCUCGUGGAGUAUCACAGGGGCGAGAACUUGGUAAUCGAUAACGCAGAGAUGAAUAAUGUGGUUUAUGUGUUUCGGUGCCAAGAUAGCACACUUACUGUCAAAGGCAAAGUAAAUUCCGUUGUUAUGGAUUCCUGCCGCAAAUCGUCUGUCGUAUUCGAUUCCCUGGUGUCCAGUAUUGAAUUUGUCAAUUGUCAAAGCGUACAAAUGCAGGUUCUUGGAAAAGUACCCACAAUUUCUAUUGACAAAACGGACGGUUGUCAGAUGUAUUUAAGUGCGGAAUCCCUGGGUGUUGAACUCAUCACCAGCAAAUCUAGCGAAAUGAACGUCAUGGUGCCCAAACCCAAUGGAGAUUAUAGCGAAUAUCCGGUACCGGAGCAAUUUAAGACUACUAUUAGCAAGAACGGUCUUAGUACUAUGGCCGUCGAUUCCCUUGGUUAAAAGCACGAGGAAUUUAUUUAUAUGCAUAGCCUACGCAUCUUCUUAACAAUAUAAUUAAAGGUAUGAUCGUCAAAGAUAUUAUCAAUUUAUUAAUAUUAUUAUUAUUAUUAUUAUUUAUUAUCUUCUGCGAAUAAUGUGCGGAGGUAAAGAAAAUAACAGGUUCAGUACUGUAUAUCUCGCUUGUGUGUAACGGAUUGGCUCCGAUCAUAUAUAUCACUAUGUUCCUGAACGUGUAAUAAGUUGUACACAUCAACGAGAUGCAUUCGGUAAUUAGCAGUGAAAAUGUAUUCAUUAAAGUCAUUUGAGACUUUCUGUACUAUUUGAGAAUCUUUUAAUUGUCAAAAUGUCAGGCUAACAUGAAUCACAUUGAAUUGGAUAUCUUGAAUCAAGAUAAUUGACUUUUGCCAAAGUCCUUUAAUUGUAAUAUAUCUAGCGGAGUUUGUGGAUUAUCGCGGAAUUUUCCUUUUCUGUGGAUAGAUAUUUGUAUAUUUUAUGGUCGAAAGUAAGAGGACAUAAUGAUGAUGUUAAACAUAGUAUGGACAAAAAGUUUGAUCGUCUUCGAGUCGCUCUUUUAUACAUUUACACCAUUUUUUAUCGUACGAGAAGUUUUGCUCAAACCUGUCGCCACACAGAACUUGCUGGUACACCGAAUGAAAUGAACAUUGUACAUGUACAGCUAUCAGGAACCAGAUAUACUAGGCCUCUGAGCAUAACUCCCAAAUGGUGUCGGAUACCAUCGUCAGUAGUUCGAUAUGCUUUGCCUCUAAACUUACUCUGUCGAGUUCAGUAUUAUGUGACAUUUGCAAAUGGGAUAUCAGUAAUUGAGAACUGGAAUAGAAGUUAACAGUGUGACAUUUAACGAGAGUACGCUAACACUAAUGUUACUUAAGUAAAAUCACUUGAGUAAAGUGCUAAAUGAUGACAUUGUAAUGAACAACAGCGACGUCAUAAGGAAUUGUUCGUAUCGCACAAUUUGUAAUAAAUACAUAAUUAUUUCAUCUAUUUUUAAUCUAAUAACAGUAUUGUAAAAUUAUUUACAAAAGCUUUUAUUUAAAUGUCAAUACGUACGAUAUGUUUACUAUUUCUUGUGGAUAUAAUUUCUGGUGAUGAAUCUGACUAAUAAAGCUAAUAAAGUGAAGUUGUA